AAAAAAUAAAAAAGUGCCUUGUUCGUAGGAACAGAGGUGGGUGUUCCUUGUUUCAUCACACAAUUACUUCAAAUUGAAAACCAGCGAAGAGAGAUAAUGGCGGAGGGGCAGUCUCCGGAAAAUUCACCACCGGAACCUCCUCCCCCUUCUCCGGCGUCUCCCUCUUCCAACGAUCAAACAACAUCUCCUCCUCCUCCUGCGGACAAUCAAACAAUAUUGUCUCCUCCUCCAUCUUCACCUAUAUCUCCUCCACCCCAACAACAACAAGAAACACCUCCUCCUCCUCCUUCGUCGGAAAAUACCCCCAAUGACUCUUCCUCUUCGCCUCCACCACCACCAUCUGACUCCUCCUCCUCGCAAUCACAAUCUCCACCUCCUCCUUCACCGCCCCCACCGCAUCAAAAUGACAACAAUAACAACAACGAAAAUAACAAAGGAAAUGAUGGAGGCAGCAGCAAUGGAGGAGGCAGAAACAAUUUGCAUCCUCCUCCACCACCGUCUAAGACUUCCGACCAUAGCUCACCUUCGCCGCCAAAAUCGCUGACGCCUCCAACAAGCAAUGGUGGCUCGAAUUCGUCAAGUCAGAACAUGGGUGCUGUUAUAGGACUUGUGGCUGCAGCUGGACUUUUGUUCCUUGUCAUGAUAUUGCUCUGCGUCUGUUGUUUGCGGAAGAAAAAGAAGAAAUCAAAGCUUGGUCAGAUGCCGUACUACGGAAGCAAUGCUUUCGCUGCAGGCAAAACUGGGGGUGAUCAAUAUCUCAAUAGUGCUGCUACACAACAACAACAACAACAGCAGCAGCAGCAACAACAUUACAACCAAAAUGAACAUACUGUGAACCUGCCUCCACCUCCUGGAUCAAUGGGCACAAACUGGAUGAAUUCACCGCCGCCACCACCACCUCCAGGAAACUGGCAGCCAAUGCCGUCGCCACCAGCACCAGUCUCAGGAGGCGUGAAUAUGGUCCAAAGCAACGAGAUGAGCUCAAAUUACUCAUCAGGUCCAUACGCUCCGUCUCUACCACCGCCUCACCCUUCAGUGGCUCUUGGGUUCAACAAAAGCACAUUCACUUACGAGGAGCUCGCCGCAGCGACUCAAGGUUUCUCAAAAGACCGUCUCUUAGGUCAAGGAGGGUUCGGAUAUGUUCACAAAGGAAUCUUGCCUAAUGGUAAAGAGAUUGCGGUGAAGAGCCUUAAAGCCGGAAGCGGACAAGGCGAAAGAGAGUUCCAGGCAGAGGUUGAGAUCAUCAGCCGUGUUCACCACCGACAUCUCGUGUCUCUUGUCGGGUAUUGCAGUAAUUCAGGAGGACAGAGGUUGUUGGUCUAUGAAUUUCUUCCUAAUGACACACUUGAGUUCCACCUCCAUGGGAAAAGUGGAACUGUGAUGGAUUGGCCUACAAGACUCAAGAUUGCCUUAGGAUCAGCUAAAGGACUUGCAUAUCUACAUGAAGAUUGUCAUCCUAAAAUCAUCCAUAGAGACAUAAAAGCAUCAAACAUUCUGCUUGAUCUUAACUUCGAAGCCAAGGUUGCAGAUUUUGGUUUGGCCAAGCUCUCUCAAGACAACAACACACAUGUGUCGACACGAGUCAUGGGGACAUUCGGAUACUUAGCUCCUGAAUAUGCAGCGAGUGGGAAACUAACAGAGAAAUCAGAUGUUUUCUCUUUUGGAGUUAUGCUUCUUGAGCUCAUAACCGGACGCAGACCUGUUGAUCUAAGUGGUGAUAUGGAAGACAGUUUGGUCGAUUGGGCGAGGCCAUUAUGCAUGAACGCAGCUCAGAAUGGAGACUAUGGAGAAUUGGUUGAUCCAUUUCUUGAGAAGUGUUACGAGCCAUAUGAGAUGGCACGCAUGGUGGCUUGUGCUGCUGCAGCCGUGAGACACUCUGGUCGACGCCGCCCAAAAAUGAGUCAGAUUGUUCGAACGUUGGAGGGUGAUGCGUCGUUGGAUGACUUAAACGAAGGUGUGAAACCGGGACAGAGCCCUUACAUUGGCUCGAGCGGAGGAGACGGAAGCUCCGACUAUGAGACGGGCACGUACGGUGCCGAGAUGAGGAAGUUCCGGAAAGUGACAGUGGACAGUCGUGAUUACGGAGCAAGUAGCGAGUAUGGUGGCACGAGUGAGUAUGGGCUUGACCCUUCUUCCUCCAGCAGCGAGGAGAUGCACAUUGGAGGAGGCCCCACCAACAAAACUACUUCUACUCGUGGGCUUUGAAAUGGUAAACCAAAUCAUCAUCAAAAACCGUUUGAUUAAUAUAUCUAUUGUCUUUUUGUCCGAAAAUGUGAUUGUCGGAUGAGUUUGUUCGUUGCAACUUAAAAAGAAAAAGAAAAACGCUAAAACGUUUUUCACUUUUUCAUUAUUGUAUCAAAAGUCAAAACAGCUAUGAUUGUAUCACAUGUGGCUACGCUAAAAUGUUUCUCUCAAAAGAGUCAAGAUAGUAGUGAAAUGUUUGUUACCAAAAAAAGCGCCUUCUAAAUUACCAUUUUACCCCUGAACAGACGAAAUGUAUUUCAGAAUUACUCGUAGCCGGCAAUGAAUCGGAUAAGCAAGCUUUGUAGAUGAAUGAAAGUGGAACCCAAAGUUGAAUCAAUCUCUAAAGUUUCAAACUUUUGUUUGCUAAUAAUCUUCUGAUGAAUGGUGAGACUAAAAGGACUAUCUAAAACUGAAUAAUUUCCGAAAAUGCCCCUCGAAUGAGAUCAGAAACAGAGGAUGACGACGGAGAAAGAGACCAUGAAACCAUAGAGAAGGAUCAAGAACCCGAAAUGUAGAGCCCAAUUCCUCUUAAACUUCCCGACAUAACUCUCCGACGGCUCUUGGUACGGAACUUCCAGGUCUCCGGCAGCUGCAGCGGCGGAGAUCUCGUCGUCAGCCACGGCGGAAGCCGCGACGGUUUUGACGAAUCUGAGCUUCUCCGUGGCGAGUCCGAGAGUGAGCUUGUGGCACUGACGCUGGUACUUGAACCCGUUGAUGCAACGGAGUGUUUGCGCGACGGAGAUGUAGAAGAUGAGGUGAGAGAAAGAGAGGAAGCAAAUCGGUGCCCAGCAAUGGCGGCAUUGGAGACGGCUAGAGGGUUGAGAGAGGGAAGCGAAGAUAAUGGCGAGGAAGAUGAAGAAGAGGUUGAAUAGCUUGUUAAGCUUCUUCUUCUGGUUGUCAAUGGCUCGUUUUUUCUCAAGGGUUUUCUCGAAGUGGAGCUGGAUUAUGGUGUUUAGAGCUUGAAAGGCGGUUUCUUUCGGUAUAAACGGUGGUCUUUGAUGGUGGUGGUGGAUCUCGUCGUCGUCGUAGUCCGCCAUUGGAGAACUCAGAGAGAAAGAGAGUCAAGAGAGAGGAAGUGUGGGUCUGUGUUGGAAACAUGUGGCUGUGGUUCGUAUCUCCAGGACCCAGGUCUAUCAAUUUUAAACGGUCUUUAAAGUUUUUUUUUUAAUAUUUUUGUUUCUGCA